GUCUUUUGUUUAUCUGUGGUCUGUAAUAGACUGUGAACGCAAGCGGCAAGCGUGCCUAUCGUUAUUCAUUAACCAAAUUUUAUUAUAUUUACCACAAGAAACACAUCAAAACAUAGAUUUGACUAAUUAUUUCGAUUAAAUAAAUUUAAACCAUGGCAACAACGACAAAACCCCGUUCUGAAAUGACUCUGGAAGAAUUAUCAAAAAUAGAAGAAGAAGAAUUCAGUACAGGGCCUUUGUCUGUUCUUACACAAUCCGUUAAAAAUAAUACUCAAGUGCUUAUUAAUUGUCGUAAUAAUAAGAAAUUGUUAGGGCGCGUCAAAGCGUUUGACCGGCAUUGCAAUAUGGUCCUUGAAAACGUUAAGGAAAUGUGGACCGAAGUCCCCAGGACUGGCAAAGGCAAGAAGGGUAAAGCAGUAAAUAAGGAUAGAUUCAUCUCUAAAAUGUUUCUACGUGGGGAUUCUGUAAUUCUAGUUUUGAGAAAUCCACUGGCUACAGCAGCGGGAAAGUAAUUUCUGAUCAAAUGGUUACUUAUAUAAAAUUGGGUAAUUGGAUAUGAGCAGUUUAUAUAGAGGAUAAAUAAAGUUAAACAUUUCCUUUAAAUAACUCGCACAUGUUCCAUAGAUUACUGUUUGUACACAGAAGAAAGAUACAUGUCAUACUGAUCAUGUGGCAGUGUAAUUUAUGCUUAGUUAAGUGUAUGAAUAGUUGUUUUUCUGCAUGUAAGACUUUCUUCUGUGUAUAACUUUCAUCAGUAGGUUAAUGUAUGUAAUAAGUUAUAUUUUGUUCCAAUUUGAUACCAAUAAAAAAAAGAUUGCACA